AGCUACACACACUUUGACGGUGAUCUCUCCCACUGGAGAGUGUCGCUGUGAAGAGCAGGGGCUCUGACGUCCUACAACGUGGCUUCGCCACAUCUAAACAUGAACUACAUUUCCCAAGAUUCCAGCCAGCGUCUUACGUCAUGCCACACGCUUGAUGCGGAAGCGGAUGUUCGUUGUUUUUCGCCUCAAAGCCAUUUUCGACUUCAAACUAGCGUUUUGUGCCUCACUUCCCACUGAUCCGUGUUUCUAACAGAGAAAUCAUGAAUUUGGAGCGCGUUUCCAACGAGGAGAAACUGAAUCUUUGCCGAAAAUAUUAUCUGGGUGGCUUCGCCUUCCUCCCUUUCCUUUGGCUGGUGAACGUCGUGUGGUUUUUUAAAGAGGCUUUCAUGAAACCCGCCUACACAGAACAACCACAGAUUAAAAUCUACGUGAAGCGGUCAGCGCUGGGAUUAAUUCUGUGGGUGGCCGUGCUCACAACGUGGAUCACCAUUUUCCAGCAUUUCCGAGCACAUUGGGGCGAAGUGGCUGAUUAUCUCUCCUUCACCAUUCCUCUUGGCACACCAUAAAGAGACACUUGCCUACCUGCUAUUUACUUGGAGGGCUUCUGAAUUUUUUCUUUCUUUUUUUUAAAUCUCUUAAACAGUAUGAGAAAACAAAUGUCAUAUUAUUUUUGACUUGUUGUGAAAGUGAAAGAACGAUACCCGACAGAAUGAAAGUGAGUCUGAGCAACGUGUUAAGAAGUGAGUGACAAACGCCAGUCUUACACACUCCUCCUCAUUUACAUAGACGAUCAUAAUCUCAUAAUCUUAUAAUCCCGACAACAGGACUGACAUACCAGACUCUCUAAUAUCCACAAAUGAAGUCUCUCUGAUGUGUAACUCAUAACCGGCGCCUGUUAUGAAACCCAAUCUCACGUUCGGGUAAAUUCUAAGCCCCCUUCCUGCCAGGAUCUCACUGGAUGCUGUUUUUAGUAGCUUGCACUCAGAGUGUUGAUGGCAGGCAGAAUAUGUUUCCCUGCAUCAGUACUUGGCAUCCUUACAAAUAAUUAAAAAAAAAGAUUGAUGCGCUCUUCAGUCAGGCAUCUGAACUACGUUUUCCAUAACAUGACCAGCAUGUAAUCAUUAUGUGACAGUUCAUAGUGUUCAUGUUCCUGAUAGAGUCAGUACAGUUUAUAGUCGGGACAUUCUUGAUGAGUGUACAAUGUGAUAAUGUCAACCUACUUACUUUCCUUCCUUUCUCAGAGUGCUGGCCAAAACUGAAUAAUUGAAACAUGUUUCUGACUCUCUCUCAGUGGACCACAGUGUUUUGUUUGCUGGUCAUGGCUGGUUAUUGAUUCUAAUGAUCAUCAUCUGUGUCUAAAAUCAUACACAUGAAUUUCUGGUAACAGAGCUACAAUGUUAUGAAUAAAUUUUUGUUUUAAUCAA